AUGGAAUCGAGCCGACUGCAGCGAGGUGAGCAAAUGAGGCCAAUAAUUAGGAAGGAAAGAGGGACAGAGAGAGAGAGAGAGCGCGCGUGAGGAGGGGUCGGAAAUUUCCGAGAGAACAGAGGCGAACAGAACGAUGAACUUCCAGCAUAUCCGUCAUGAAUUCACUGAUAACCUCAUCUGAUACGCUUGGAAUAAUUGUGUCUUUGUUUUUUCUCUUGCCUUUUUCCGAAACUAAAGGAAGAAAAUAUGUUGCAGUCUAUUUCCGGUAAGAAUCUGUAAUAAACUUUCAAGAAAAACUUCAGUUCUCUUCUAGAUUCCUGUUCGCAUUGAUCGGUUGCUUGUGUUAUCUGACCUCUGCCAUAUUUAAAGCAUCAGAACUGUUUAUGCUCGGCCAAGUGAUGACUGGUUGCCAAAUGCCGCUGAGAAUGUUUGUGACGAUCCUUUACAUCACAGAAUGUGCACCUGAUAAACAUAGAGGUACGUGGGUGUUGAAAUAACGUGUAAAUAGUCAGAACAACGUCAAAGUUUAGGUUUCGCUUCUACCGCUCUCGUUUUCUCCAGUGUUAUCGGCCAGAUCAUAAUGUAAGUCUUUGCACAUGCUCUAUGUUUACAUGUUCUUCAAAGUCGACAUUUCCUGCAAAGCUAUCAGCAAAUGAUAGCAGUUAACGGGGUCAGUUUGCAAAAGUCGCGAUUCAUGACGUUUUGUGGUUUCGACAUAGCAGGAUGUGUUGAUAGAGAGAGUAAAAAGCCAGUUGCACCAAACGCUUACUAUCGUAAAAGUACGGAAAAGUUUACAGGUAUUCGGUCGCAUCUCCGAAUGUUCUGGGAAAACCGAACACCUGGUUUAUCUUUCCACUGUCGGCCAUGAUAAGGUACUGCUGUCCCACACUGCGCUUACAAAAAAUGAUUGAUAAUGUUUAGUUCGCUGGUAAUUUUCUGUUUGAUGGCACGGUUGCCCGAGUCUCCGAAAUGGCUGGUGAGACAAAACAGAAUGGAAGAGGCAGGGCGGUCGGUGGAAUAUUAUCACGGCAAGAAUUGCUGCAUAAGUACACAUAUCAAACAUCACGCUGGAAGUGUGUAAACUUUUUUCAGGCGAAGAAUUGACCUCGUUCAUUAGGGAGAAAAAUUUGACGAAAGAAGAUAAAAUUUCACUGAAACAAGUUUGGGAAAAUGACACAUUGCGAGAGGUUUACUUGCUAAGAAUACGUCAGAUUACAAAUUACGAGGUUCAGGCUUUGAAAAUCUUGUUCGCCGUCGCCAUUUUCCUCAUUUGUGAUUCCGCUACUGUUCAGUCCAUUUACGCUGUGAUGUUAACCACCAAAGCUGGAUUCACUGUUCAACAGGUACUUGCACAAUUCGACCCCUUCAUAAAGCUAGAAAUUUUUUCAGACAAUGGAUCUGAACUUGAUCCUUACCAUCGUAUUUUUCCCUACUAAAUUCAUCGGUACAUACAUCAUAGAUGCGCUCGGGAGAAGACCUGUGAUGUUCAUUGCCGGAACGAUAGUGUAAGUGUGAUUGCGAUAAUUCUGAAAACAGUUCAUAGUUUAGAUUUGCAAAGAGUUGGGUAAUGUUGGCUCUGCAAAUUGUGAUCUAUCUGUGUGGGCCAAGUCUCCUCACAAGAAUCAUGCGUACGGUAGUGUCUUCUAUUAACUGAUUCCCCUUUUAAUUUUCAGAUGUCGGUGCGGAAUGUCUAUUACAUGCGAUCAGUGCUACUGGAGUCACUUCUCUGGGUAUUCUAUUCAUAUCCGAGCUUUUCCCUCCUUCGGCCAGAACAUCAGUUGCACAAGUACGAAACUGAACUUCGUAUCCAUGUUGCUGACGUUUACAGUUUUCAGGGUUUGAUUCUCGCUAACUUGCUUGUCAACACUCCAAUAGUUGCUCUCUUCCCGAUAGUUUACUCGUUCUUUGCACCUAUCUUUUUCGUGCCAUACAUUAUCAUUCAGUUGAUGUUGGGAACGUACUUGUACAGGUACGCACAUUCGUGAAUUGAUGGCUUUUGAAGAGAUAACAUAUCUAGGCAUAUGCCGGAAACGCGUGCACGAGCAGUUUGCGAUAUUAUAGAGGAACUGGACCAGGAGGUUGCAUCAAGGGUUGGUUGAUCGAGCGAAAAAUCACCAGAUUACAUUAUUCCAGAGCGCAUCCAUUCUCGAAGAGAGAACUCCCCUUAUCAGAGAUCGGGUUUGUUCGCAAUCACUUGCACCAAUGAUCUGAUUUUUAACUUUUCAGGCCAGAACUCUUGCACUCAAGCGAAAUAGCAUACUCAAUACACCAAGGACGCGGGUGAGCUCACACUGCCGCAAAACAUUAUUUUACAAUUUUGUAUUUUCAGGCGUUGACAUUUGACCACAAAAUGAUUCCAAGCAAAUGGAAUUGCUGA